CAACUAAAAUCCGUGGAAAAGAUGGGUGAUCCUAGUAAACUACCGGCGCCCUCGUACUACUACGUGCAGCCCUCCACCACCGGAGACGGAGAGGACGACGAGGAUUUGUACGAUUCCAACGGGACACUCAUCACUUCCGAGUACCUGAACGACGCCGUCGCCAAAUCGCUCUCCGACAAGUACACCCUGCUGUACGACUCCACCGAUUGCCCCAUCUACAAGUGCAAUGAGUGCGAUACCAUCCUGCGCAGCACGGGACACCUGGUUGGCCACAUUGCCGUGCACACGGGCGAGAAUCCGUACAGCUGCAGCCUGUGCCAACGCGCGUUUUCCAACUCCACCCGGCUCAAGUUGCACCUCAAGGUUCACUGUAUCAUCAGAGCGAGUACCGGACUAACGGUGACACGCAUCCGGAAACCAUCGCCAGCGAGAAUCACGAUCACGACGGAACAGGAAAGCCCACCAUCACCGGGAGAGACGGACCCGGAUCGCACGUUUAGCUGUAUCGAAUGUAGCGAAAGUUUUCCAAAGGACAAGCUGUACCACCACAUGAAGCAGCAUUUGAAGGAGAAAAACAUUUUCGAUAAAAAAGGACACGAUUGCUCACGGUGUGGUACGGUGUUUGAUAAAACCACCAGCCUACUGCGCCAUGCGGAAGAGUGCACCGGAGAACGCGCGUUUGAUGUGGGUAGCGAUUCGAUCAAAGUAAGCUCCGAAGUGGAACUGGUACCGAUUCGUAGGCCGGAACCGGGCGGGGACACAAACCCUAUCGAUGCCAAUCCGAUUCUUUCGGGAUUGCUAAUGCGGGAGCAGUGUCCUCCGGGUGGCCCGUUAUCGUUGAUUGCUACCAAUGAAAGCGAACAACAGCUUCCAGCUACAGGAAAACAGGCGGUCGAGACAGCGGCGAGUCAGACGACGACGGGAUUUAAAUCCGAUGCCGGCUUCGUGAUCAGCUCGGUGGCCACCGUAGAUGAGCAGUUUCUGGAAAAUCUGGCCCAAAUGGAACUACAAUCGCGUACACCGGAGUUGGAAGAGAUGGAGGAGCCCACACUGGAACCAGCCGUGACGCACGACGAUAGCCUACUGGUUUGUACGAUUUGUGGCCGAUCGUUUGAUGAACCGUUUGGCUUACGGCAACAUUUACGUAUCCGGCAUUCCGAUAAAAAACCAUUCAAAUGCCCCGAGUGCAAGAAGCGGUUUACCGAGGAGCGAAUUAUGCUUAUACACUUGCGCGUACACGUCAGCAGCCAGCCCUUUAUCUGCAUCGUAUGCUACAAAACGUUUACCCGGGCCGCCGCACUCAAUGGCCACCUGUCGUGCCAUUCGCACGAAUCGAUCAACUGCAUCGAGUGUUCCGCUGUAACGAUUAGCGUGCAGAAGUACGCGCGCCAUAUUGAAGUGAAACAUCCUAAAUUCCACGAGCGGCUUCAAGCUAUCCGGAUGAAACGACCGGAGUACGAACGUUCCUUAUUCUUACGGCGAAUGCUGGAGCAGAGCAUUGGGGUGAUUGUACAAUCGUCCGAAGCUGUUGAGCUGAAUGCUACCGACCGGCCAUAGGGGAGGGGGAAGAGAGUAUUGGCU